UUGUACCAUGCAAUUGUGAUUGAUGAUUGCAAAAACCCCAAAGACCUCCCCCAAAUCCCUAUAUCUCUUUAACAUACUCAAAUUUAAGAGAUUAGUGCAACUGUUCUGAUAGGAUGAACAUGACCUACAUGUAGAUAUAAUUAAUUGGGGUCAUCAAUGAUCAAACAAGUUGAUCGUUCAUAAUUUAAGUUCCCUCUUUUUGAUCAAAAUAAAAAGGUGGGAUUAGAUAAUUAGGUUUUGCUAUCUUGCUAAUCAUUUAAUCACUCCCUACUUGUUAAACACUCGUGCUGCAAGAAGCUUUAUAUAUACUGAUUUACAUUAGCUAAUUUGGAAAACUGUUCAUCAUCUUUUCAUUUGAUUUAGCAUAGGGUUUAUGGUCCUAACUCAGCAGAACUUCAACUAUUCUUGCAUCAACAAAGCUGCAGGACCAGGGCCCCACCUUAAAUUUGAGAUUCAGAUAAAGCAAAAGCAGGAAAAAGCAAGAUUUCUUGCAGGUGACAGAUGCAGGAGUACUCUGAGUCUUGUACUGUUAUUCCACCAAUAAAAGUAGUUAAAUGACUGUGCUAGCUUUCUGUAUCUACAAGUAAAGCCAAGAAUAUGUCAGCAAACCUUGUCUUCAUGUGUAAGAAUUUGGUUACUUUGUCUGGAAAUAUACACUUGUGAUGGCCAAGGUCUGAAAUUUUUAUGAACCAGUCGUAAUCAACUAUGCCUGUAACAAACACAAUGGUGACUCCUAGCUCCCUCGAGCUUAUGCUGAAACAACUCCAGCAAAUGGAGGAUCAGCCAGCGGAUGAGCCUCCUGCUUUACCAACUCGUCCAGUGAUCAGGGCUCGGCUGCCUCGGUCAAGAAGGCAACUAUCACUUAGCUCCCAGAAAAGUGAUCUAGAUAUCACUUUAAGUUGUGAAGAGAGGAUGAUUGGGAGAAGAAGAGCAAUGAGCGGUGAUUCUUUUGAGUCUGCAGAAAGGGCUGAUGUGGGAGCACCAGCAUUUGUAGUUGAGUCUGCGAAUGGCUCACUUGCGGGAUGUGGCCACAGAAACCAUGAAAAUGGUAAUGCAGAUAAGGUUGGUAACUUUGACGAGGCAAAGGAAAUAGCACUGCAGUGGAUGCUGGGGAAACACCUGCAUGGUCGUCAAACCUGCUGCCAGUAUGAUGAGCUUAAAAUAGGAGUAAUUACAUUGCAAUCAUUUGUUCGUGGUGAAAAUGCAAGAAUAUGUUUCAUGAAAAAAAUGAGAGCCAUUCGAGCCAUACAGAAAUGUGUAAAAAGUCAGCUCAGAAGUACCAUGUUAGACGAAAAGGAUCAGGCAGCAAUAUUCUUGCAAGCAAGCAUCCGUGGUUGGUUGGCAUGGAGGCACUACAAUUCCAUAGACAAAAGAGAAAGACAGUUCAAUGAGGAAGCAAGGAAUGUGAAAAACCUAGAAAAUAAGGAUCAAAUUAUGGUUCCAUACUCGGUUUUAGUUGAUCUACAAAGACGAGUUCUGAAAACAGAGGCCUUAUUAGACAAGAAGAAAGAGGAAAAUGCCACUUAAAGCUACAAAUAAAGCAACUCGAGAGAAAAAGGCAGCAAUAUGAGACAAAAAUGAAAUUGAUGAGAAGACAUGGCAAGAUCAGUUAACAUCUAUGCAAAUGAGUCUAGCAGCUAAAAAGAGCUCUUCUAAACAUGCUGUGGGCAAACUCGGCCUACUUUUGGCUUUACCUGAAAUUCAGGACGAAGAUGCACCUGAUCCAUCACCUACAUCUAGGUUUCAAUUAAAUGGCAGAUCAAAUUCUGAUCAGCUCAUUGAUCAUGAGAAAGGGAUUUUGGAUGAAGAUACUGGAUCUUUAUUCACAUUGAACCUGGAAGGAUGGCUUCUAGCACCAAUCCAGAAGAGGAGCUCGAGAGACUGAAGUUCAAGUUUAAAACUUGGAAGAAAGACUUCAAGAAUAAGUUGAUGGUAGCAAAAACCACAAUCAAGAAGCUUGGCAACUCUGAAACAGGGAAAAAUAGUCAUAAGAAAUGGUGGGGAAGAUAAACAAAGGGACAAUGGAGUGGCGUCUGCAUGCUUUUAUUGAAAAAAAAUAAAAGAUUCUGUUGGAAAAAGAUCAGGAUUUUAUUACUUGAUCUUUAUCUACUUAGCCCUAUAUCCUUCCAAGAGCAACCAUUGAGAUCAUUCAUUCCGGCAGUUCUCUUGCUUAAUUGUAGAUUUCCAUGUCAACAUAUUCUUCUAGUGUCCUUACAUUUACAUUAAAAGAUCCUCUCUCAGAGCAUAGUAUUUCUCUGGAACUUAACUAAUG